UUAGUAAAGCAGUGAAGUUUAGCCUAGCAGGAAACACCGAGGCUACCGCCGUAGCGGUGGAAAAAGAAGGAGCAGUUUUUAGUUUUUAACCGGUGCUGAGACGUGAUUUUUUUCCUCGGCAAACACGCUGUUGCUUGGUACCUGUACUCGCGUUCGGUCCGGUCAUAUUUUCUUUGACUUUGUAUGAGGAGAGAGCUCCUAGCCAACUAAAACACUGGAUACUGACCGGGGGUGGAAUCUCAUCCAGCAGCUGUGAACGGUGGGACAUCGGCUGAGCAACGGCCGUUUUGAUUCAGUCAGUGGGCCCGCAGGCUCCACACUGGUGCUGAGACAGGAUGAAGAGGUUCAGACGACAAGGCCACGAGUCCCAGAGAGAUCGGCUCAAGCAGGAACUCUUCCAGUUCAACAAGACUGUGGAGCAUGGAUUCCCCCACCAACCCAGCGCUCUGAGCUACAGUCCGUCCCUGCAGCUGCUGGCCAUCGGCACCCGCUCCGGGGCCAUCAAACUGUACGGAGCUCAAGGUGUGGAGUUCAUGGGUCUACAUGACGAGAAUGCUGCCGUCACACAGGUGCACUUCCUCCCCCACCAGGUUGAACUGGUUACUCUACUGGAUGAUAACAGUCUCCACAUGUGGACUUUAAAAGCCCACAAGGGACUUUCUGAACUUCUGGAAAUAGGACGCUUCACCCUCACUGGACCACCUGGUGCCCCUCCAAGUGUGACCAGAGUGACAGCGGUGCUGGCUCACUCCUCAGGGGAGCUGCUGCUGUUGGGGACAGAAGGAGGACAUGUCUUCGUAGUUGAAGUUCCAGGGUUCAGAGAGCUAGAAGAGCGAAACAUCAGUGUCGACCAAGUCGCCAGCAGCGUACCAGAUGACUACAUCGGCCGCAGGAAUCUAGAACACGUAGAGGCCUUACAGGAGAAUGCGGUCAACCCAAACCAAGUAGUUAUUGGCUAUGGACGAGGUCUCAUGGUCAUCUGGGAUCUGGAGAAAGAGCGUGCCAUCCAGCACAUCCUUGCCACACAGCAAUUGGAGAGUGUGUGGUGGACAGAGGAUGGAAGCAACAUUCUCAGUUCACACAGUGAUGGAAGUUACUGUCGAUGGAUGGUGGGUGGAGAUGACCUGAAUGAGGAGGAGGAGGAGAAAUCAGACAUUCCUUAUGGACAUUUUCCCUGCAAGGCAAUUUCCAAAAUAGUUCAGCUACCUACAGAAGCAGGGCCUCCGUUCCUGCUGUUCAGUGGUGGGAUGCCCAGGGCCAGCUACGGGGACAGACACUGCAUCACUGUGAUCCACAGUAAAACACACGUGGCUCUGGACUUCACCUCCAGGAUCAUCGACUUCUUCGCCAUCCGAGACGGACCACAGCACACAGGAGACCCCAGUGCGCUAGUGGUCCUGGUAGAGGAGGAGCUGGUCGUCAUUGACCUGCAGACGGAGGGCUGGCCGGUGAUUCAGACACCUUAUCUGGUUCCCCUCCAUAGCUCAGCCAUCACCUGCUCCCACCACGUCUCCGCCAUCCCCCUCAAACUGUGGGAGAGGAUCAUCGCCGCCGGAGACCUGCAGAAGACGCACUACUCCAAAAAGCCAUGGCCAAUAACAGGAGGCAAAAACCUGGCCCCAGACCCUCCACAGAGAGACCUGCUGCUCACAGGGCAUGAGGAUGGCACAGUGCGUUUCUGGGACGCAUCAGGAGUGUGUCUGCAUCCCAUGUAUAAGUUGGGCACAGCUGGAGUGUUCCACACAGACGCUGAUCCCAAUGACAACAUGAACCAAGGCACUGAAGGAGAUUGGCCGCCAUUCAGAAAGGUUGGCUGUUUUGACCCCUAUAGUGAUGACCCGAGGCUGGGCAUUCAGAAGAUCCACCUUUGUAAAUACAGUGGCUAUCUGACUGUGGCUGGCACUGCUGGACAGAUCCUAGUGCUGGAACUGAAUGAUGAGGCCGCAGAGCAGACGGUGGAGGCUAAAGUUGUGGACUUGCUGCAGGGCCAAGAAGGCUUCCGCUGGAAGGGCCACGCUCGGCUGGAUGUGCGAGAGGAGCCGGUGCUGUUUCCUCCAGGCUUCCAGCCUUUUGCUCUGGUCCAGUGCCAGCCUCCUGCUGUGGUCACCGCCCUCACUCUUCACUCUGAGUGGAAACUGGUAGCUUUUGGCACCAGCCACGGCUUUGGCCUGUACGAUUACCAACAGAAGAAUAACGUUUUCAUCAAGUGCACCCUGAACCCCAGUGACCAGCUGGCCAUGGAGGGUCCCCUGUCCAGGGUGAAGAGCAUAAAGAAAUCCCUCAGACAAUCUUUCAGGAGAAUCAGACGCAGCAGAGUCUCGUUAAGGAAACAUCACGUAAACAACGCUGCCAAGCUCCAGGAGGCGAACGCUCGUCUGGAGGCUGAACUGGCAGAGAUGGAGCUGGCUCCUGUCCAGAGGAAGAUCGAGGCUCGCUCCUCAGAUGACUCCUUCACCGGUCUUGUACGGACGCUGUACUUCACUGACACCUUCCUCUCAGACAGUACACACAACACACCCUCCCUAUGGGCAGGGACCAAUGGCGGCUGUGUGUUUGCAUACAUGCUCCGCCUUCCUCCCGCAGAGCACAGAACAGACGAACCGGUCACCGCUCAUCAGGCUAAGGAGAUUCAGCUGAUGCACCGGGCUCCAGUUGUUGGUAUAGUGGUGCUGGAUGGUCACGGGGCUCCUCUCCCUGAGCCCCUGGAGGUGGCCCACGACCUGGCUCGCUCACCUGACAUGCAGGGCUCACACCACCUGCUGGUCAUAUCAGAGGAACAGUUUAAGGUUUUCUCCCUACCAAAAGUGAGCGCUAAGAUGAAGUUGAAGCUGACAGCCGUGGAUGGCUCCAGAGUACGGAGGGUAGGCGUGGCCUGGUUCGGCAGCAGUCGGUCGGAGGACUAUGGUGAGAGCGGCUUGGUGGUUCUGACCAAUCAGGGCGACCUCCACGUCGUGUCACUGCCGACAGUGAAGAUGCAGGUUCAGUACCCCUGCAUCCGCCGAGAGGACGUCAGUGGCAUCGCUUCCUGUGUCUUCACCAAGCAUGGCCAGGGCUUCUACCUGAUCUCUCCAUCUGAGUUUGAACGCUUCUCUCUGUCCACCCGCAACGUGGUGGAGCCUCACUGUCUGGUGGAGGCUCCUCUACAUUCAUGCUCCUCCCCCCAACACAAACCCCAGCUUGAUGGAGCUUCUUCUGCUCACAGAAACGCCAGACAAGACAGUGAGGAUGCAGAAAAAGCAGCUAGACGUGUUAUGGAGCAUGCUUUGCUGAAUGACGAGAAAGUACUUCAAGAGAUCCAGAAGUCACUAGAAGGAGAGCAGACGUCACUCCUGGAAAAUAAUGUGAAGAGUGCUGUAGCUUGAGACAUCUCUGGACAGUUGAGGUGAGCCCAAGAGUGAACUGACAUGUUGAUGUGUAUGAAGCGUUCUGCUGUUCUGUAGCAGCACUUGCCUCCUGCUCAGUUGACAAAACCACUACGGACCCCUGACCCAUUGCUUCAGUGACUGACCUCCCCUCUCCCAGCCCACAUCAGCCCCUCGUAGAGAGACACCAAAGGGCUCUUGGCAGUAGUGCUUUAUAAGCACCAUCAGGCUGUUUGAAGGCUCACUAACAGUGCGGACAGAAGGUGAAAGUAGAGACACCACCUGUGCCUAAAGACCACACGCUGUACACAUGUCAUUACAGCGUGGUCCCAUCCAUUUAACCCAAAGCUACAUGAAGCACAUUCCUGACAUGUGACAAAUGCCAUAAUUCAUCACACCAAGAUCAACACCAGCAUCAAACCAGCAUCUCAGAUCUGCCAUAGAUACCACUCGUUGAAGCUGUUUGGCUUAAAUAGCAACCACAACCACUUUGUUCUGAAAGCCUUUGUCACCACCAGCCUUUUCAUGUGGAUUCUGCCAAUGAAACGGUUCAUCCUUUCAACACGCUCUCUGAUGUGCAAUCUCACUGGCCUUCAUCUCCCCACAUGGACAUACACAUGGAAGGAAUGUGGGGGGAGAUUUCUGAUAAUGUCGAUGAAAAUGUUUGUAGCUUAAGUUUUAUGUGAUUUGUGCCAUCAGAUUUAUUCUAUGGAAGCCCAUUUCUGCCAGGAAAAGGAAAACAUUUUUUGAUUAAAAAGCUAGGAUUGAUUAGCAAAACACAUGGUUGAAUCAACAUUAUGUGAGACUAAAUCAAAAAUAUAUAAAGAUACGUCAAAAUUAUGACAUUAAGACGGACUCUUAUCGUAUAUGAAAUUAUGAGUUGUGUUUUUGCAAAAUAUUUUGAUAGGUCAAACAUUUUGACUAUAUUUAUAUAAUUAUUUAGUUUAUAAUUUUUACUUAAAACCCCAUAAUUUUUUUUUUUUGGCGUAAUUGAGCUUCCUUAGAAUUCAGAGGAGCUAUCAAGGGAAAAUAUUUUAAGUGAUGCCACAGAAGAGAAGUUUUAUGUAUGUUGAACCACACUGAUUGUUGACUUGUUUUUUAUUUUUCAGUCAUCACUUACAAAAUGAGUAAUAGCGUUGCAAACUGUAUUGUACCCCUGUAUACUGCUAACAAAGCCCUGUCCCCUCCCGUCCACAACUAUAACUUUAUAACCGGCCAUAGGUACUCCACUACUGCAGGGCUCACAAUGCUGUACUUUCUGGGGGGGAACAGCUUUCUAUGGGAUUAGGUUUUUAAUUAUUUUUCUGUAAACUUUUCUUUUUUAUUUUUUUUUUAUUCCAAUGGAUAAUGUAAUUUAGGAAUGUAAUUGUAAGCUAUUGUAGUGACAUGUUUUUAAUAUAUACAGUAUGUAUGUGACUCAGUCUGUACCUGUGGGCCUGUUGUUAUGGGGUUGGCUGCUAUCGUACAAGGAAAUAUUUUGGUACUGUGUCUCAGAAUGCUGGGUAUUUUAGCAUCAGCCUAGAAUAUAUUUUUGUAGUGAACUGAUUAAGAACCCUAAUUUUUUUUUUUUUUAAUUUGUAAUUUCACACUACAGUUUUCUUGUGGAUAAUUAUUACAUGUUUUUCUCCAAGCAUGAAUGUGUCUGUUUUUAUUUUCAGAUAUUUCUGAUUUAUAAUCUGAUGGUUUUCAUCGUUCAUCUCUGCUGUACUGCAAAGAAAUACUUGACAGUGUAUGACCGCU